CCUCCCUGGCUUGGCCUCCACACAAAACCGACAGAGGACUUUCCAAGGUUCAUACACAACCAUGGUUGCCGAGGACGUCGAGAUGAACGAGGAGGUGGCAGUGGAGGAGACCGCCUCUCCCGAGGUGGAGGUGAAGGAGAUAUCCGUCCUGGAUGCUCUGAAGGAGGUGCUCAAGAAGGCCCUCAUCUUCGACGGCCUCCGCCGCGGACUCCACGAAUGCGCCAAGGCGCUUGACCGUGGCUCUGCCCGUUUGUGCUGCCUGGCCAAGGACUGCGACAACCCCGAGUACACGCAGCUCGUUCGCGCGCUCUGCGACGAAGGCAAUGUGCACCUCAUCAUGGUGGACACCCGCCAGGAGCUAGGACAGUGGGCCGGCCUGUGCAAGAUCGGCGCCGAGGGGGAGGCCACCAAGAUUGUGCCGUGCUCGUGCGCCGUGGUGACCGACUACGGAGAGCAGACCCAGGCCCUUGGCGUGCUCCUUGACCACCUCAAGAAGGGCGGAGACUAAAUGCAGGGAUUACAUUUGAAAGAAUGUAGUCGUUGCGGGAUCCUGCGCCGGCAGUGAACAAUGUGGGGAUAGGGACGAGGGGAAGUGAUUGUUGGUAGUGUUGCCUCGUUUCGUGGUUCUGACUCUUCUGCCUUCCGUGAAUAGGUGGUUUCUCCUUGACUAAGCUUGGCAUCCUGCCGUCCAAAGUUCUCACGAGCAAACGGCCGCAUACGACGGCGAGCGUCUGUCUUUACUACGUUUGCUUGAAUGGGAGAUAUGGCAUUUCUCGUACCCGGAACACUUAUUCCUCACCCGAAUUUGCCAACGCUCGACUGUGGCGACAAGCAAAAACCAAGUCAUGGCCCAACGUGGUGACGUCUUCAAUGCGGGCCUCGAUCAAGUGGGCACACGGUACCAUCAUCUCGAAACACCACUUGGUGACCAUUGCAUUUGCGUAUGCCACACGGACACCGGUACACCGCUCUGACAUUCGUGUGUCCAACCAUGACAAAUGGUGCAGGUCGAACUCUCUCGCCCAUCGUUUCCGCCUGCCGGACUCAAUAGGCGUGAGAUUGUUGUCGAGUUGUUCCACCGAGAUCACCGCGUAUUAGCGUAUUACGAAAAGCUCAGGAUUUUCUUGCUACAUUGCUUGCGAGUUCUGCAAGCACCACACAUAUUGAUGCCCGCAUUCAUGGAAUCGAUCGAAGAGUUGUGGGCAAAAGCGCCGUCCUCAAUGACAAAUCAAUCUACGAA